AUGACCGAGUCCUGGUCGCAGGUUUUCAACAAUCCCAUUUCCGCUGCUGAUUACUUUUUCGCUGAGAGUCUCAAGCUUCAACAACGGAACAACUUACUGGAGAUGGAAGUUGUGGAGGAGAAGGCGGCGAACACGAUGUUGAGAAAUGAUUUGAAGAACUGCAAGGGAAUGCUCAAGGAGCAAGAGGAGCUCUUAGCCGCGGAGAAGCGAAAAUCCCCGGUUAGUUGGGAGAGAUCGUUGACACCGGACAAGAAAAAUCGAGAUGACUUAAUGGAUAGUGUUGUUCUGGAAAGAAUGAAUAUUGUACCCGGAGAUCAGGAAUCGGAAGACACAACAGUUUACUUGAGCAGGGGAAUCUGUAUGAUGCACCGCGAGUGGAUGUUGGAGAGGAAGGAGCAACAGGAUAAACUCCUCUUACUGUCCGGCUCCUUGGAGAUGGAGCGCCAGCAAACUGCUGAAACCUGUGAGAUAAUAACAAUGCUGGAAGCUGAAUUGGAGCAGGAGCAGGCUGAUGCAAAGAAGAAGCAAAAGAGUUUGAAUCGGGAAAUUGAGAAAUUGAAGGAGAGGAUUGAAAAAAUGGCGGCUGAAGAGCCCGAGCAGGAGGCAAAAAAGGACGUUUGCAAAAGGAAUGUCAACCACUUCAAGCUUGACGAAACCUGCCCAAUUCAGAUAAUCAAGUCUGAAAGAAUCAAAGUAGCUCAAAAUGAGAUUCGUGAGCUUAACAAGCAACUAGACGCGGAGCAGGAUCCUCUGAAAAAGUUGGAGUACAUGGAUUCUAUCAGAGAGAAGGCUUCCCUGAUUGCUCAGGAAGCAAUGGAUCAUGCAGAACUUUUGAAUUCUGUGCUGGACUAUGAGAGGGAUGCGCAUACAGAGAUCCGUCACCGCCAACUUCGUAAACAGAAGAAGGAAAUUGAAAAGUUGAUUGGAGAAUGGAAAGUAAAGGAAAAAGAGCAUCAAAACGAUAUGUGCAAACUGGCGCAGCAGAUUUUGGACCAAGCGCUUGAAUUCAAGGCCAGCAAUAAGGCCCGGGCCAAAGAGCAUCCAGCAUCAAGCAAGAGCGAGGAACAGUCUUCAAACAAGGAGAUCCUUAGCAGCCUGGAGGCAAAGCUCAAAAAGGAGCAGGACGAUCAUUUGGUAACAACCAAUCAGCUCAACUAUCAAAGUGCUAUCCUGAAUGAAGCUCAAUCGGAAAUCAAGAAGCUCGAACAGCUCAUCCUCAAAAAUUCCGAGGAGCUGGAGAGCUUACAGACCUGGAAAUCCGACUCGACGAUUCGAGAGCAAAAUCUUAUGGACGAGAAUUGCAAGCAGUAUGUGGAUAUAUGCGAUCUCCAAAACACAAUCAGAGGACUGCGGUUUGCUGAUACGCGCUGGAUGGAGGAACAUCUAAAGUUGAAUGAGCAAGUCGAUUCGAUGAAGCAAGGCUUUGAGUUGGUGGAUACUGGAUAUGGACCUACACAGGGAACAUUUGGAGUGGUGGAGAAGAAGAAGGCAGAAGAAGAAGUGACGGUAGAGGAGGAGGAUUAUGAGGAGUGGUAGAUAUUACCAGUUUUAUUUUUUUCUGAAAUUCAAAUCAAGUCACACAUUUAACCACUGAAUUAACAAGUGAAUUCUAAUUAAAAGAAAUGUAAUCCAUCAAUAUAAUUAAUUAUUUUUAAAUUCUUGCUCAACUUAACACACUUUUACCCACUGAUUCUCCAACUCCACAUCUUGCUCCGUUAAAAUAAAUCUGAAAUGCAAUGGAGCAGUUGUCUUUGUAUUAUUCACAACUC